UGCUCCGUAUCCACAUAUAAGGAUAAUAAAUAUUUGUGUUCUAAGUGAAACUGCCAGGAUAAAGCAAAUGCUAAAUCUUAGAAAUUUACAACAAGAAGGAAAUUCUCUUUGGCGAGUCAACUGUGGCUCAAAAUAUUUGAACAAUUUCUCUCUCUUACCACUGAGAGGUCAUCGUCAUCAUCAUUGACAAUUAAACACAAAAUGUGAUGUUAUAAAGCAGAUUUGUGGAUGUCCUAUCUCUCCAGAGUCAAGAAGUGCAGCAGUGAUAGCAGUGUCUCUCCCAGCAACCCCUGCGCUGAGGACUUAGUCGUGCCAUGGGAACGGACAGUUAUUUGCUUACAUUUGCAACAGAAAAGCGUGUGGUGUGUAGCGACUGUUAUGGAAUGUUCUAUUUGGUCUUCCCCUGGCCUGUUUAAGUGAUAAAAGUGUCAUUAUUUAGCCUCUGAAGCAGAAGGGACAGCGCAAACAUGACUGCGUGACCCUCCGUCAAGAGGCUCUGUUCUUCAGAAGCUCAUUAAGGGCCUCCAGGAGGAGUGCGCUUCAAUCGACGGGGCCCUCCAGUUUCUUUCGGCCUUCUAGCCUCUCUGCUCGGAUUAAACCCACGCACCGGCAAAGGAGAGUCAGAAAUGCACUCGUUGUGGAGCCGGACUCGAGUGGACAUCACUUAAAAGAUUUCGCGCUGUGAGGAGGCAUAUUAAAACAGCAGGAUAGGCCCUUGGACUUGAGCCAAAUAGGAUCUCAUCCUGUAGCGCGCAGACCGGAUUCGGAAAAGUUUGGGAUUUACUUGUUGAGAUGAUUUCCUUGUUCAGUCUCUGAAAGAUUUCUGCCUUUUCUGUCAGUUUUGAUUUUGCUCCUGUUGGAAUAGGAUACUAAUACAAGUGACAAUUUCUCCAUCACACUACUUUUUGGGCAUGCAUGUGGGGAUGCAAUGCCGCUAAAUGGACUCUACGAUAGCUCAUUUUGCCGAUGACUUGAAUUUGAUGGAUUUUCCGCAGAAAUACAACAUGGGACCAAAACAGCAGGUGGAUGAUGACCUAUCUAGUCCCAGCAAACAGGCGCACCUGGACGCCUCACCCUGGGGCCGGGACAUGGACACCGGCGUGCAAACCACUGAGCAUCUUGUGGUGAACUCCCCGAGGUGCUACAGCCGCGGGGCGCACGGGCAUCUCAGCAAGUCCAAGCGGAGGAGGCUUAUCACCGUGGUGCAGCGGCAAGCGGCCAACGUGCGGGAAAGGAAGAGGAUGUUCAGCCUGAAUGAGGCGUUUGACGAGCUGAGGACAAAAGUGCCCACGUUCGCCUACGAAAAGAGACUGUCCCGGAUCGACACGCUCCGCCUGGCUAUCAUCUACAUCUCAUUCAUGACGGACCUGCUGGAGCAAAACAUCCAAAAUAAUCCAAUGUGAAUUUUAUUCCAUUGAGACUGGAACAGUUAGAGUUGGAUACUGAUAUACGUGAAGACAAUGGCACUGGACGGAUAAACUAAUUAACUUUCUGUAUUCCAAACUGGGAAAUCUUAGAACUAGACAUGAGGCUUUGCAGAAAUACAUAUAUUAAACUAUUAAAAUCGUAUUUUACCUUUCAAUCCCCCGUUCCUUAAAUGUAUAGCACGGACUGCAUUGUAUUAAUAAUAAAAUUCCCUAUAUAGA